AUGCCGGAAAUGACUGAAGAAUUGCCUGAAAAGAGUGUCAAGCGCAUAGAAGAACCGGCCAUCUCGUUGCCGAAAAUCGCCCAACUUGAAGCCGAUUUGGAAGAAAUGAAAGAGGAUCAAGACAUCAAGUUGAGUCGAGUGACAGCAAAAAUCGCUCAAAUCGAGGCAAAUUUAAUGGGGAAAAUCGCGAAGUUGGAGGCUGAUUUGGUUGACGGAAGGGAGAGAAAUCGAGAAUUGGAAAGGAAAAUCGCCGAGACGAAAAGGAAGAACGACGAUCUCGAGGCACAAUUAAGAACUCAAAAUACGGAAGUGAGGCAAGGAAAGGCCAAGAUUGAAGAGCUCGAAGGGAAAAUCAACGCGUUGCAGAGUAAAAACUUUGAUCUCGAAACCCAAGUGAAGUUGCAGGCAGAUUUAGGAACUCAAAAUACGGAAGGGAGAGACGGGAAAGCCAAGCUUGAAGAGCUCGAAAGGAAAAUCAACGCGUUGCAGAGCAAAAUCUCUGGCUUUGAAACCCAAAUAGAAUUUGAAAGGGAAAACGAAACGGCCGAAAUGGUGAAGUUGCGGUCGGAUUUAAAGCGAACGAUGAAUUUCUUGGAUCCGGAUGGAUGGUCGUAUUUGGAAAAAACCGCUUCUUGGUACAAGGUUAUCGGAGAAGAAAUGACAUUUGAUGAAUCGGUAGCAUAUUGUGCGAAGCAAAAGGGCCAUUUAGUCUCAAUUCACAGUCGGGAAGAGAACAAUUUUGUUUGGAGACUCGCGAAAAGGGCUUUGUCGGGCUGUUUUUUCUCAAUCGGACUGAAGGCAAAUCCGAACAAAGGAAAUGCUUUUGAAUGGACGGAUGGAAGUUCGGUGGAUUUCACGUAUUGGAAGCCGCCUUGGGAGCCGGAUUCGAGAACCCACGCUUUUAUUCGGAUCUACGAUGGGACAUGGCUUGGCUCUUCUCCUACCGAUCGGCAUUCAAUGAGUCGAUCAUCAACAAGCCGAAAAAGAAACGCGAUCAUCGAGAAAUCGAUCGACAAUUUCGGUGAUGAUGGAGAGAAGACUUUCGUCGGCAACGGCGGUUUCGGAGCCGUUUAUCUUCUUAAAAAUCACAAGCCGUACAAUUUU